CAAAAUUAAUUUUCAAUAUUCAUUCUAUAUUGUCAUUGUUUAUCAACAAUAUUAUAUAUUAAAAUUUUUCAUUUUAGAUUAUAAUUCUUUAAUUUCUAAGGUUUUCUCAAUAAUUCUGGUUUUAUAUAAAAAUGGUAAUGAAAUAUUUAUAUUAAACAUGAAUAUUUUUUACAUUUCAUGCUUAAAUGAUCAUUUUGAUUUUUAAGAAUUUAAUUUAGAAAUAUUUUAUCUUUAAAAAUGAAUGUAAUUUUAAUAUUCAUUCAUUGUCUUAAUUUUUUUGUUUUAGGCACGAAGAUAUGAUACACGAACAACUAUAUUUUCUCCUGAAGGUAAUAUCUAGCUUUAAAUAUUUUCUAUUAAUUUAAAGUUAUUAAGAUAGCUUUUCCAAAAACAAGAAAAGAAAUAAUUUUAAAAAAUCUUAUUUGAAUGGAUUAUAAAUUGAAUAUUAUACAUAUAUAAUAAGUUAUGUAUUAUGAUAAUUAAGUAGUAGUUUAGGAAAUGGUUUUGCAAAAUAUAAAACCAUUUUUUAAAUUAAAUCUACUGCUUUAGAAGUCUUUGGUAUUGUUGGUUUCCAAUUAAAAAUGCUAUUUUCCACCAUCUGAAGUAUAGUUUUGUAGUUGGUUAUUUGUGUCCAUUUUAUCAUUAAUAAUUGAUUAUUAUGAUUUUAGGUCGUUUAUAUCAAGUCGAAUAUGCUAUAGAAGCUAUCAGUCAUGCUGGUACAUGUUUAGGUAUACUUACUAAUGAUGGUGUUCUUCUCGCCGCUGAAAAGCGAAAUGUGAACAAACUGUUAGAUGAAUCUUGUGGUUCAGAAAAGAUCUAUAAACUAAAUGAGUAAUUUAAAUUGUUUUUGAUUAAAUUUCACACACUCUGAAAAAUACUGAUAAUCCCGUUUUAUUUCUAGCGAUAUGGUAUGCAGUGUUGCUGGUAUUACUGCUGAUGCGAAUGUCUUGGUUACUGAAUUGCGUUCUAUUUCAGAACGAUACCGUAUGCAAUAUGGUGAUGCUAUACCGUGUGAACAACUUGUUUCAUGGUUGUGUGACGUAAAACAAGCAUAUACUCAAUAUGGAGGUAAUUAAUUUAAACAAGUAAUUAAAUAAACAAAAUGAUAAUUAGAUUCUAUUUCUAUACUUCAUAGGUAAAAGACCGUUUGGUGUAUCAAUAUUAUAUAUGGGUUGGGAUUCGCAUUACGGUUUUCAACUGUACCAAUCUGAUCCUAGUGGAAACUAUUGUGGUUGGAAAGCAACUUGUAUUGGAACAAAUAGUGCUGUUAGUUUAAUAUUAUUUUAAAUAAAAUAAUAUGCUAAAUUUAUAAUUACAUUUAAUUAUUAUAGGCGGCUAUUGCAUCAUUAAAAACUGAAUACAAAGAAGGGCAAAUGUCUUUGGAUGAAGCUAAAAAAUUAGCUGUAAAAAUACUAUCAAAAACUUUGGAUGCAACAAAACUUACAGCUGAGAGAGGUAUAGUAAUUAUCUGUAAUUAAUAUUAAUGCAUAUAAAUCCUGUAUAUUGGCUGAUAUUUCAUCCAAUCUUGAAAUAUGGAUCCGUUAUCUGGAAUCCAUAUAACUCUGGGAACUCAAAUCAGUUGAAAAAGCCCAACGUACAUUUUUGAAAUUCGUUUGGGUUUUAUCUAAAGAUAUCCCAUGCAGAAUAUGAUAACACGCCUAACACAGUCCAACUUAAUCUUCUUUCACUGACGGCCUAACGACUUGAUUCGAAUACAAAUUUUUAUAUGAUCUAUUGUCUGAGGCAAUCAACUCAUCAAUCCUCUGGUGUUUAAUUAAUUAUAGAAUUCCUUCACAACCAACUUGCAUUAACACUCUAUUUCACUUCCUAGAUGAUCUACCAAUUACUUAACCAAUGAAUCAUUCUAUAAAUGUAUGUAAUUGGCCCAUACAGACCCUCCUUAGUUUAAGAUUUAAUUUUAUCUUUUCCUAGCAUAUUUCUGUAGUUUAUUAUUAUUUUAUUUUUUUUUUGCAAUAUAUCAAUUUCUCUUUAUAUAAAAACUGCUGUAAAUAUAUAUAAUAAAUAAUAAAACGGCUAAUUAUAUCUAAAUAUAGGAAUAAGGAUCUAACACAAUAUAUAUAUAUUUCGAGUAACAAAGCUUUCUUUUAAUCAAAGUGGCCUUACAUAUAAACACCUUUGCCAGCUUAAAUAUUAGUUUGCCAAACUGAUAUUGAAAAUAGAAGUUAAGUAGAAAUACAGCACCUAAUUUUUAUUUUCACUGAAAAUCGUUCUCUAUAUAAGUAUCUAAAGACUAACAACUGGUCAUGACAAUUUUUGUUCUUUUAGAACCUAAUUUAUUCGAUGGGUAGCUGUUUCCAGCAAUAGUUGUAGUAAUGACAAAAGUAAUCUUUCAAAAUACCUUGUACAAUAAUGAUAAAAGUGAAAUUUAUCUGUAGCUUCGUGAGAUUAGAUUAGGUUAUUAGCACAUUUCUAACUUGACUUUUGUUAGACCUUCAACGUUUAUUUGAACAAAUUUGCACUUAAAUCAUAUAUUUAUUCAAAUUAAGAUAUUUGGUUAAUACAUAAUAUUGUAUGUAUUUUCAGUGGAAAUGGCUACACUCAAACGUGAAAAAGAUCAGACAGUCACUAAUAUACUAGAAAAACAUGAAGUUGAGAAACUUAUUUCUGAGUAUGAGAAAAUGGAAGCUGAAAUUGCUGCAGCAAAGGCUGAAGCCAAAGCUAAAGAAAAGAAAGAAAAAGAUGCGAAAGAAAAGGACCAAUCUUCAUCAACAUAAACUUAUAAAAAUGUUUAUGACUAAUAUAAUUAUAAAUGAAAUUGAUUUGGUAAUGGCCUGUUAUAAUUUUGUGCCUAAAUUAAAAAUAACACUUAAAUUAAUUAUUAAUUAAGUGUAUUCAUUAUAUAUAUACACAUUUUGAUUUAUCAAUAUGAGUGAUAAUGGAAGGUGAAUUUAAAAUAGUAUAUGUACACUUUUAAAAAUAAAAUUUAAUUAAACAGUUUAUUUCAAUCAUAUUACAUUUUAUUAAAUAGUACUACAGAAUAGAUACUCAAUUGAUAAAUUUAAAAUAUACCCUUAAAAGAAUUAUUCUUCGAUUGGAGCAAGAUGCUGGGUAGAAUACAUAAAUCGUACAAAUUUUAAUUAGUGAAAUCAGUAACGCUGUAAAUUUCAUCAAUUGUCAGUUUUUUUAUUUACGUCUUUUCAGGUUUUCCUAAUUAUUGUGAACACUUGUUUGUAUAAAUAUUCAAAAAAUGACUUUUCCAAAGUACCAACUAAAUCCUAAAUGCAACAAAAAAGUUAUCUUGUUAUGAUUGGAGCAAGAUUUCUGGUAGAAAAGUUAUUUAUAAACAACCAAAAAAUACACAUACCAGUAAUACCUGUAGAAGUCUAUUAAUUACUUCUUGCUAGUUACUACUCUCAGAAUAUAAAAUUAAAUAUUCAUUGGUUAUCACUAAAACAAAAAAGUGGACUUGUAAAUCCUAGUUUGAUGUGAGAUGUUAUUAUUUUUUAAUUGUUAGAUAUCAAUUAUUUGUUCACAGUUG